AUACCAUCGACGAUCAUGAGUGCUGUUCCAAACACUACCACAGUUCCAAGUGCUGUUGCUGCUCCAAGUACUACCACAGUUCCAAGUACUGUUGCUGCUCCAAGUGCUGCUGCUGCUCCAGUCCAUGAAGAAGUACAUGCAGAAGUGCACGAGUCCUCUUCGCGCACCAUUUGUAUUGCCAUUGAUGGAUCUUCAAGCAGUACGUAUGCCAUCGAAUGGGCCAUCAAGAACAUUUUGCGCAAAGAAACCGAUCAAGUUGUUGUGCUGCAUGUCAGACCAUUGAUUACUAUACCUGCUUUGAGUUAUGGCGCACCCUUUGUUGAUUAUGGCGAAACACUGUCCGUCAAAGAAGAUGCUAGCAGAAUCGAGUCUCACGAACUGCUGAUCAAGACCGCAAAAGCCAUCAAGCAGCACGGACUGCAUGUACGGGCUAUUGCACUUCGUGGAGAUGCUCGUGAAGAGCUAGUGUUCAAGAUUGAAGAUGUCAAGGCCGACAUGGUCAUUAUGGGUUCGCGAGGAUUGACAACACUAAACCGACUGUUCCUGGGAUCGGUGUCUGAGCAUUUGAUCCACAACUUGAAAUGCCCUGUCAUUGUUACUCGAGAUCCUAAUGCUUGAUACUUGGAUAACGAGUCGUGAUUAUGGAAAUAUCGUUUGCAGUAUAGACUAUUGUGGAUAUAUCUUUGGAUUUUAUUGAAUGGACAAUGUUUGGUAUAUACAAUUGAUUGCAAUCAAUAGCCAUUUUACUGCUUUUUGGUCUGGCUUUGAACAAUUCCAAUAAACUACUUAUUGCAUUGACUUUAUGGUAUCU